UAUUGAUGAAGAUGAUGAUUGAUAGAUUAUCCGAUAAGUAUUGAACUUAUCUUUGGCUGGUUUCACACACGUAUUUAACUUAGCUCAUCAUUACCUUACCAACAAUCAUAUCUUCACUCCACACAACCACCUUCCGACCAGCUUCACAAUCACGCGAUUCAUGGCCAACUUGUAUGUGCAAGCAGAGCCACCCACGGAUCUCAACCGAAACACCGAGUGGUUCAUGUAUCCCGGCGUCUGGACCACCUACAUACUCAUCUUAUUCUUCGCUUGGCUUCUUGUUCUCGCCGUCACCGCCUGCUCUCCUGGCAUCGCUUGGACCACCGUUAAUCUCUCUCACGCUCUCAUUACGUAUCACUUCUUUCACUGGAAAAAGGGAACACCUUUUGCCGAUGAUCAGGGGAUAUACAACAGGUUGACUUGGUGGGAGCAAAUUGAUAGUGGCAAGCAGCUCACUCGCAACAGGAAGUUUCUUACUGUUGUACCUGUAGUCCUGUACUUGAUAGCAUCCCAUACAACGGACUAUGAGAACCCGAUGCUGUUCCUCAACACAGUGGCCGUUUUUGUGCUAGUCAUUGCCAAGUUUCCUCACAUGCAUAAGGUUCGAAUUUUCGGAAUCAAUGCUGAAGAGUGAAAAGUAUGCUGUUUACAUACAGGUGCUACUUCACUUUGCUGAAUAUAUGUGCAUUGAUAAUUUUGACAUAUCAUGACAAUUAAAAGUGUAUAUUAACUUUUGUUUUUCAUAUUUAUUUUUCCGACGAUAAAAAACAUAAAGAAAUUACCUUGUAACAUGCAUAUAAGAUAGACCAUUGUACGGUUUGAGACCCUUUGGUA